CCUGAGCUCAAACCUCAAUAUGUUGAAUUUAUGCAGGAAUAUGAAGAUUUAGGUCACAUGCACCCUGUACCGCCACCAGCCCCUGAGGAACAAGUCUAUUAUAUUCCACAUCACGCUGUCUUCAAGCCCAACUCCACUACAACCAAAACAAGAGUUGUGUUUGAUGCUAGCGCCAAAACAUCAGCGCGCCCACUCAAUGCUUUGCCUUCUCAUAAGCAGAAAUUCAAACAUGUGAAUUUUCUUGCACGUUGGAAUAGACUUGCUGAAGUCACAAAGGAAUUUUGGCAACAAUGGUCUGAAGAAUAUUUAGUUACUCUUCAGAAAAGACAUAAAUGGUCUUUUUCAUCACCCAAUCUUCAAGUUGGCACUCUUGUGCUAUUGAAGGAUCCUGGGACACCACCAACACUCUGGAGGCUUGGACGUAUUACAGAAGUUUUCCCUGGCUCCGAUGACAAGGUUAGAGUCAUCCAGGUUCUAACUGACUCUGGUGUUUUCAAACGUUCUAUUGCUAGUGUUGCACCUUUCCCAUUAGAUGAUAGCGAAUGAUGCAAAUCUCUUUAACAUAUUUUUUCUUUCUUCUUUGUUUUACAAUUCUUCUAAUUGCAAAACGGGGCCCAGUCUAUGUUAAAACUCAAUUUGCAUCAUCUUUGAUCUUUGAACUUAGUGCGUUGCCUGAUCUUUGAACUUAGCGCGUUGCCAGUAUAGCCAACGUUUGGCAGAUUUUGUCUGCAUUGUUUUCAAUAUUUGUAUCUUUGUAAUAAUUUCAAUUUGUUGUCUAGUAUUAGUUGAUUAAUUUCAAAUUUGUCCUUUUUCACUUGCUUUUGAAUAAUAUUUGUGUUUUGUAUC